AUGAGGAUUGUUCUUCAGACCCUUCGUGAACACCAGUUGUAUGCCAAGAUGGAGAAAUGUGACUUCUGGCUGACAAAAGUGAAGUUCCUUGGGCAUGUAAUUUAUGGACAAGGAAUUUCUGUAGAUCCUUCCAAGAUCGAGAUUAUGCUACAAUGGGAAAGGCCGAAGAAUGUAGCAGAGAUUCACAGUUUCCUCAGACUUGCAGGGUACUAUUGGCGUUUUGUAAAGGACUUCUCGAGUAUUGCUGCAUCGAUGACUCGGUUGACCAAGAAAGAGGAAUUGAAGGCAAGGCUGACAAGUACACCAGUCCUGACUAUUCCCAAUAUCGAGGAACCAUAUGAGGUGUACUCUGAUGCCUCGGGGGUUGGACUUGGUUGUGUCUUGAUGCAAGGUGGACAGGUUGUAGCUUAUGCAUCUCACUAA